AUUCGAUUGUGAAAAACCAUGUGGGGUAAAUUGUUGACGUUAAGAUAGAAAAAUAGAAUCAGACCAAAAAGCCGCCCUUUCCAUUUUUUGAAUUGGCACAGAAAAGGAGUAGGGGUCUGUGGGAGUGGCUAUCGUUUUCCACUUUGAACGUUUGGCUUGUUUGCUUUCGCCUCUCCUCGUCUCCAGCACCUUUCAUACGUGACUGCGACCAUUUUCCUCAAGUCUUCUUAAGCGUCCUGCCACACUUCCAUAAGCUAUGGAGGCAGCUUCAAAUGAAGUAAAACAUUUAAAGUUAAAAUUAACAAACCCUGCAAGAAAUAAGAAUAUAGAAUAUAAAUUCCUAGAAAAUCCAGAUGUUGGUAAUAUCAUACUAGAUGUUAUUAGAUUGGCGAGGGAACAGUAUCCUCAGUUGGAUUGUCUUCUGAGUGAAACAGUGUUACGGCGGUAUGACAUCACAAAACACAAAAGUUUGAAUACAUUAUGUGCAUAUUUCAACAGGAGUAUUCGUCAUUUAUUCUACAAUGUGCCAUACCCACUUGAAAAUACGGCGAAUAAAUCUUUACUCGAAAAGAUUUUCAGCAUAGUGGUGAAGGAAAAACAUUUACCAAAAGAUGUCUUCAAUGAUAAGAACUUUGAGAGUGUUUGCAAUAUAUUUGAAUCUUUAAACUUGACAGAAAAUGAUUCAAUUUGCAACAUUGGAACUGGAAUAGGUGAAAUAAUAUUACAGCUUGCUUCUUAUUUGACGCCCUGCUCUAAGAUUGUCGGUCUUAUGGAAAAUUGUAUACCAGAGCAUUCUAAAAUGUUUCACAUUCAUUUUCAACAGUAUGCUGAUUGGUUUGGGAAAAAAAAUAAGAAAAUCCAUUUCAUUUGGCCUGACUGUUUUUCAUUACCACAAUUUGUAAAUCAGAUCGGUACGUACACCAUCAUAUUUAUUGGAGAGUCAAUACUGGAAAGAGAGAUACUUUUAAAUAUGAUUUCAUUGUUAAAUGAGAAUACAAAAAUAUAUUCAACAUCGUUAAUUCUUGAAAUGAAAGAUUCUCUAGGGCUAGAAUGUCUAACAUCUACGAAUGAACAUUAUCCUUUCAUUUACAUGAAAAAACAUACAGAAACAACAAAACUAUUAGGUGAUUCGUUAAUAAAUUCCAAAACUGAAAUAAGAAAAUUGAGUCUUGAACAUAACUUAGAAGAGGAAAAUUUGCAAAAGAAUUCUUGCGACUUUCUCGUAAAGGAUACAGAAAGCAGUAUUGAAUGCAUAAAUAAUGGCCCUCUGAAAAUCUUUACUGAAGAUUUAAAUGAUGCUGAAUUAUCAGACAGCAAUUUUAUUGGUGUUCAAACAAGAAGAUCAUGGGCAGAAUGGUGUAGAAAUAAGGUAGAUUUUCAAGUAAAUAAUAUCAGCAAGGAUAAUAGUGAUUUAGAUCGAAGAGUUAAACAAAAUGAUUCAUUUUCAAGAAAGCAUAGAUUUAAAAAAUCACAGAUAUCUCGUUCCAAACUUGCCAGGACAAACAAAGUUAAAGAUAAUUUAGAAAAGUGCGACUUUAAUAUGGAGGAUGGUGAUGAGGAACCAAGAAUAAGUGGUAUUCCCAUUGAUGUCUAUGAAAAAAUGUAUACAAUUCUAUACAAAAAAGUAGAAUUUUUUAGUAUUAAAUGCCCAACUUUUUUACUCAAAGGACACGAUGAACAAUUUAAUGAAUCGUGUUUCAAUAGUUCAGAUAUUGGAACAAAAUUGGACUGAAUAAAGUGAUAUCUAAGUUAAUUCUAAAAUGUCAAUAAUUAUUCAAAAUUAAUAUAAAAAUAAUUUUGAAUUGUUAAAUGUAUUUUUAUAUAAAUUACAUUUGAGUAAAAGUCAAGUGAAAACUACUUUUAACUUGAACUGAAAUAUUUUGGUAAAAGAAUUAAGUUAUUAAGUAUGUAGUGUAAAUAAGUGUUUUGAAAAAUAAACAUUACAGAUAAAAAGCAAUGGACUUUUUUAAUUACAUGCUUUUUU